AUGAAUCUAUUCCUGGGCAGCUCUGACGUGAAGCGAAAGAUUUCAGUGCUCCACGGUCCACCAGGCACCGGGAAGACGCUCACAGCGGAAGCCGUCGCGGAACAUUUGAAACGCCCACUCUAUGUUGUGGGUACGUCGGAGCUAUCCACGGAGCCCUAUGGGCUCGAAUCCAGUCUGCAAUCUAUUCUUCGGCUUGCAACUGCUUGGGACGCGGUACUUCUCAUUGACGAGGCCGAUGUGUACCUUGAGCAGCGCAGUUUACACGAGAUCGAACGCAACGCCCUGGUUUCGGUGGCACUUCGCCUAUUGGAGUAUCACCGCGGCGUUCUGUUCCUUACGACCAAUAGGAUCAAGACAUUUGACGAGGCAUUUCUUUCAAGGUUCUCCAUUGGUAGGCGUAUGCUUGCAGCUCAUUGA